AUCACACGCUGGGUGCAUGAGAUAGGAAGGAAGGAUGACCGGCUGGAAGAACAGCUGAUACCUCUAAAAGGAUUCCCCUAACCCCAGCAUUUGGCAUCCCCCCUCCCCCAUGUUGCCCCACCCGUCCCACUACAAGUCGCUGCCCGUUCCGAUCUAACCCAGCAGCAGAACCCAGGUCGGAUUGAACCUGGAUCAAGCGCCAUGCCCGAAACAGUAGCAGCAGGAGCCGCCAGUCCUGGCAGCCAGAAUACCGACAAGCACAAGAGAAGCCAGUGUGAAAGGGAGAAGGCUGAGGCAGGUGCCAGCGCUGGGAUCCUGGAUAAACUGUUCGGAAAGAAGUUACUGCAGGACAGCCGGUAUAUCAUGUCACACAAAUCAUGGAUGAAGACGGUCCCCACAGAAAACUGUGAUGUUCUGAUGACUUUUGCAGAUACAACGGAUGACCACACAUUGCUAUGGCUCCUAAAUCACAUUCGGCUGGGGAUUCCUGAACUUAUUCUGCAAAUACGGCACCAUAAACAUACCAAGGUUUAUGCUUUUUUUGUCACUGCAACCUAUGAGGGCUUGCUCCGAGGAGCAGAAGAACUGGGAUUACGAAAAACAGUAAAAACUGAAUUUGGAGCAGGAACCCGGACGUUUUCUUGUGAAGAAGAUUACAUCUAUGAGAACAUUGAAAAUGAGCUUCAUUUCUUUACUUCUCAGGAACGCCAAACUAUUAUUAAAUACUGGCUGGAAAAUCUACGUGCCAAACAGGGUGAGUCACUGCACAACAUCAGCUUUCUGGAGGGACAACCAAUCCUUCCGGAAUUGGCUGCUCGAGGAAUUAUAAAACAAAUUUUUCCACUUCAUGAACAGCGAAUCCUUAAUCGGCUGAUGAAAUCCUGGGUACAAGCAAUUUUUGAGGCACAGCCCCUUGGUGACAUCUGUGAUUACUUUGGAGUGAAGAUUGCUAUGUAUUUUGCCUGGCUGGGUUACUAUACCACAUCUGUCAUUUAUCCUGCAGCUUUUGGCUUUGUGCUUUGGGUCUUUACGGAGUCUGACCAGACUAGUCGUGAUGUCAGCUCUGUGCUGUUUGCCCUGUUCAAUGUGGUCUGGGCAACACUGUUCCUGGAGGGAUGGAAACGGCGAGGAGCAGAGUUUGCUUACAAGUGGGGCACCUUAGACACACCACCUGAAAUAAUUGAGGAACCACGACCGCAAUUCAGGGGACAGAAAAGAGUGAGCCCCGUGACUGGCUGUGAAGAGUUUUAUUACCCGCCCUGGAGGCGGAGGCUGUGUCAGUGUCUCCUCAGUGUUCCCAUCUGCAUUACAUGCCUUGCCUUUGUCUUCCUGGCAAUGCUGGCCUGCUUUGAGCUUCAGGAGUUUGUCCUAAGCAUUAAAGAGCUGCCACGUCUUGCUCGAUUUGUCCCCAAGAUUCUCCUUGCUGUCACCGUCACUAUCUGUGACGAGGUUUACAAGAAAAUUGCCUACUGGCUAAAUGAUCUGGAAAAUUACAGAUUACAGAGUGCCUAUGAGAAACACCUCAUCAUUAAAGUGGUUUUGUUUCAGUUUGUAAAUUCUUACCUAAGUCUUUUUUACAUUGGAUUCUACCUCAAAGACAUGGAGAGGCUAAAAGAGCUCCUGUUAGUCUUCUCUCUGUCCCCAAGAGUCUCUCGUCAUGUCAAAGAUGUCCUUCUCUCUUUCAUAACCUGCCAACUUCACCUCCUUUUCACCUUCUUUAAAAGAUUCCUUGAUGUGCAGUUCUGGAGACUGGUCUCUGGCAAAAUGUUAGCAACACUCAUGAUAACUCGGCAGUUCUUUCAGAAUGUUUCCGAAGUUCUUCAGCCCCACAUUUAUGAGCGGUACAAAAGAGGAGACCUCACCGUCCAAACCAUGUGGGAAGCAGUUGUGGCAGUCUUGAAAUUUUCCACCCAGAAGUACGUCAAUGUGGAAACGUCUGCACCUCUGUCAGCUCCUGCAAGCCCAGCCAUAGAAGGGAACCACGCCCAACCAGGGAAUAUUGAUCAAGCAGAAGCUGAGGUAGAAGGGAAGGGGGAGAAAAAAUGUCUAAAUGGAGGAUGUGGGGUCCCAGAGGAAGAGGAGGAGGAAGAAUGCAAAAGAAAAAAGGAAGAGGAGCAGGAGAGUAUCCUUGACUGCGGACUCAAACUGAAGAGGGUGGGUUUCAUUGAAAAGGGACCCAAGAAUGAAGAGCAAGAAAACCUUAUAGAAGACAGUUUUUUGGAUGAAGGUAGUCCUACCAUGGUAGAGAAGGGAAUGGAUCCAGCUUCAGUGUUUGAAUUGUGUGAGGAAGAUGAGGAAGAAGGAAGCAAAGUUUGCACAGAAGUGUCUUUGGAUAGUGACCCCAUCGGCAAGCAUCCAACUGUGUCCCUGAGACAGAGAACCAAAGAGCAGGAGGAAAGCAAAGAUGAAGACGAAAAAAGGCAAAGCAGGGCUUCUUGGAUAGAUCCACCAGAAGAGGACUUCUUUACUCCCCUUACUCAGGCCGAAACAGAAAGCUGCAUGAAAAAGUAUGAGGACACUUUUCAGGAUUACCAAGAGAUGUUUAUCCAGUUUGGGUAUGUGGUCCUCUUCUCUUCUGCUUUCCCUCUCGCAGCUCUGUGUGCCCUCAUCAAUAAUGUGAUAGAAAUCAGGAGUGAUGCAUUCAAGCUCUGCACAGGCCUACAACGCCCGUUUGGUCAGCGAGUGAAUAACAUUGGACAAUGGCAGAAUGUCAUGGAAGCAAUGGGUGUGAUUGCAAUUAUCGUGAACUGUUAUUUGAUCGGGCAAUGUGGCCAGCUGCAGCGACUGUUUCCAUGGUUGACUCUAGAGAUGGCAAUUGUUUCUGUUGUGGUCCUUGAGCAUUUUGCAUUGAUUUUAAAGUACAUGAUCCAUAUCGUUAUUCCUGACAUUCCCAGCUGGGUUGCAGAAGAAAUGGCCAAACUGGAAUAUCAGAGAAGAGAGGCUUUCAAGAAACAUGAACGACAAGCUCAGCAACAUUAUCAGCAGCAGCAGAGACGGAAGCGGGAAGAAGAAGAAAGGCAGAGGCAAGCAGAGCACCAGGCUCGAAAAGAAAGGGACACAGGCAGAGACGACUCAAGAUCGGACUCAUCAGGGCAUGAACACACCCGUGAUAAAUCCCAUUCAAAAUCGAAAGGGACAGGCAGCACAUCCCAUAGCUCAGAGAAACCCAAAAGGCCGAGCUCAUUGCUGGCUACUAACAAUGUUAUGAAACUAAAACAAAUCAUUCCCCUUCAGAGUAAAUUUUUAUCGAGCAGUGCGGGGCCAACGAACCCAAAUACAAUGAGGUCCCCACAGUCUCCAACUACCAGCGACACCAAACUGCCUGGAUUUCUGAGCUUCAAAUUCUUAAAGUCACCUGAAAUGAAAAGGGAGGUGACCACGGAAAAAGUUCAGUCUCCUACAAAGCCAUUCAAUCCGGGGAAACUUUUUAAUUUUGGCAAGUCAGACAGUCCUGCUGGUGGACCCAGCAGUGUGGGGACAUCUCAGAGCAAACAGAGUAGCUUUUCUGACAGCACUGGAGAAAAACUUCCCAGUAAAUCUGACCUCAAUGGAGUCUCAGAGGAAUCAAACCCAGACCAUAUAACAGAAGCUAAUGCAGAGGAAGAAGAAACUGACGGUCAUAAACUCUGAGGCAGACUGGGGAGUUUUCUUUUUGAUAUGUUCUUCAAGCAGAACAUAGGCAGGUUAAGAGGUCCAAGAUUAGUUUUCAAAGGGGGUACUUUUUUUAAUAAAAGCAUGACAUUGAAUUGCUUGUUCCCACUGUUAUCAGACUGCAAUGCAAAGAAAGGGCUGUGUUGUGAUACUAGGGCUAGCAUCUGCUUGUAUUGUUUGCAUGACAGUUCUGACUUAGAACAGGUGCAUUCUACAAGUAAACAAUAUAAAUGAUUAUCAUACCAUGAAAAUUUAGUGAAAAAAAAUUCUGCCCUUCAAGAUGAUGUAGAAAACUGUAACAAAGCACCUGAAACAUUAAUAUGGUAAAAAAUAACAGAAAAUUAAGACACGCAGUCUUAUUUCUGUUAAUAAGAUAAAAUGUCAUUUGCAUUUGUCACAUGGGUAUAGACUGUCUUACAAAAUCUUGAGAUACAGUACAAAAUGUUUCCCACUUUUAGCUGAAAGGAUGGCAACUCUAAGAUGCUUAGGAAAUGUACCCCUUGAAAACAUGGAUCUCUUUUGAACAAAGUAAUACUAGUAUGUAGUUGUUGUGUAGUUAAACGAGUCAAACACGGAGCAAGGGCUAAAAUCAUAUUCUGAUGAACCGUGCAAAUGCAGACUUCAAAGUAACACCUAAAGCAGUAUGCACCUUGCAAAAUAUAGCCCUUCCUGCUGACCACAUAAGAAUAUAGGUCUCAUUUUUGGAGAAGGGAAUUUUGUACCUAUCACAGAAUUGGUCCUAUGGAGCAACGGGCAGAGAGGAAGCUCUCUGUGCAAAUUAUAUCACAGCCUGGUCAAAGUUACUGUGAGAUUAAUUUUGGUUACAGUAACAUUAAAAAGAUGAAAAAGAAAAAAAGAUGUUGCUGGUUGGAAUGCAUAAAGAGCCCCCCCCAUAUUUACACACAUUUCAGUUGUGUGGCUGAUUAUUGUUUCCAAACAAGCCCCCUUCUAGCUAACAUUACAAUCCUUUAAUCCGGAGAGGAACAGAAGGGAUUGCAAACAUAGCAAAAGUUUUGGACAGCUUGUUGUCUUCCUUAUCCCACUGUAACUGGUUUAGUGCUAUAGUAACAUGUUCAUUUAGGUUUUAAAAAGACACCACAGUGGCAAGCACUGCAGAGACUGAUGUAGUUCAUUUAUAGAAUGUUUUUCCAACACUUCUAAUAACAUUUGAUUAAAAAUAGGAAAGCCAGCAUUCAAAUAAUUAAGUAAUUACAAUAAUUAUAAACUGAUAAGUGACCUUCCUUUCCUUUUAAUGAAGUCAUAUUUAAUCUCUUUGGUGAGCUAAUGAAAUACCAUUAAAUAACAGCUCAUGGAAAUAAUGCAUCUGCAUUAAGAUGUGGAUGAUGGUUGGGUGUCAGGUCUGCACUUAGGAUAUAGAUUCAGGCAUUCUGCCUCUGACACUCUAGAUAUGCAAUUUAAGCAAAAAUAGCGCUGUCACUGGGAUAAAGCAGUAGUCUCUAUCACUGACCAUGCAUUUAACUUUAAAGUCACAUACAAAAAUGAGAAGAGAUCAAUAUAAGCUUUUUUGUCGCAGCAGGAGCAGAAGACAUGGGUAAGAAAUUAUGGAUGAAGUAGGACACUCCGUAAUAGUGAACUGUUUUAGCAGAAAAAAAGAUGAUAAAGGCAUGAAAUGUUGAAAACAAAAAUUAGUUAAAAAUAAAUAGAUGGCUGAUAGGUGCAAGGAACAAAAAAAAAUACCAUUACAUUAGUGACUGAUAAGGAGACUGGCAUCAUAACUCAUUCUAUUCUCUGACUAUCCUUACCUGCACUGUUGCAGGUGUUGCAGCAGCUAGAGUCCAUUUGAGCUUCCAUUUAAUUACAGAGGGACAUAAUUAGACAGUAGACACACAAAGAUGACAGAAGGGAAAAACUACAACUGGCCACUUACUAUAAGGUUAAAUGACAUAUUACUGGAAUUCAGAUUACUUUUUCAAAGUGUAUAAAAUAGAAGAUUUCAACCUAUUAUUUUGUAUAAUUUAGAUUUCAACCUACUAUUUUGUAUAUUAUUUUUGGCUAACUCCCCCAUCACUACCAAACACAGGAAACACACACUUUUAACUGCUACAGCAGCAGUCUAAUAUUUAUCUUUUCAAGACUGUAGCCAUUUUAGUUGAACAUUUCUUUCUAACAUUGAAAAGCAGUACAUGCAGAAAUGAUGUCUUAUCAGAAUGAAAAAACAUUGAGCAUCUCAUUUCAUUUUUUGUAAUAAACAUUAAUUAAACCCUAAGGUGCACAAAGACACAGAAAGUAACAGUGGAAGAAUGCCAAUAGGCCAUAAGGGCUACAUCUGAGUAUUGCAAGCAAGGGAAUUCCAGUCAAAUUGCACAUUCCCUUGCCAAUAUUAAUACAGCUACUUCCUCACCUACUACUGUAUAAUAAUAACAAUAACCUUAUUUGUUAACCAGGUAGGCCCACUGAACAUAUGGUCCCUUUCCAGGGAAACCCAAGAACAAUGUCUGGAUAAGUGACUUGCUCAAAGUCACACAAGAGGCAAAUGAGGGCUGUGUGAAUCCAACCCUGUAUUACAGGAGCUACAGGUCAGAACCUUAACCUUUGCACCAACAACCAGACUGUCUUAGGUACUGUCUUUGAAUGUUCUAAAUGUUAGAAAGAAUGCAGUUCUGAGUUUACCAUUAAACAGACUGAAAAACA